AUUCACGUUAGUGUGCAUCUGGAGGACAGACGUGUGCGGAUGGCUCCUUCCCGCGCUCUUCGGCUGCUGGUGCUGUCCCUAGUGCUGAAAGCGCACGCUGCGGUCUACAGGACGGUUCCCCAGUCCACAGCUGUGCUGCUCGGCCACGACGUGACUCUGAACUGUUCCCUGUCCGGACUGUCCGAGCAGGACGUGGUCAACUGGCACUGGUACAACCGGGCUUCCCAGGCCAAACAUCACCACAUCUCGGCCGGCAGCGUGGUGGCGCCCGAGUUCUCCCGCUACUCCAUUGUAGGCGACACGGAAGGAGGCGAGUUUAACUUGAGGAUACAGAACGCCCGGCUGGAGGACGAGGGGAAGUACCAGUGCAGCGCCUUCUCCGUACAGGGGGCCACAACCAUGCAGCUGUUUGUAGUCGUUCCACCGACAGUCGUAAGGAUCACGGGGAACCUGACGCCGCGGGUGGUUGGCGAGGGGCUGGUGCUGUCAUGCCGCUCGGAGGGGGGCAGCCCCAUCCCCCGCCUGUCCUGGUACAACGGUACGGUACGGAACCCCCAGUCGGACCACGCCUUCAUCAUGGACGCCGAGACCUCCACGGUAGCCGUCAACCUGCUGAUUCCCUCGCUCACCAAGUGGGACAACGGAGCCAACAUCAGCUGUGUCUCGGACCAGGGCUUCCCGGGCACAGUUCGACCCAAGGCUGCCUGGACAAGUCUGGUGGUGUAUUACCCUCCUGUGGUGACUCCGGAUUUCCCAUCAGCCCGUGCGGCGGAGGGACAGUCGGCCCAACUGUCCUGCCACGUGAACAGUAGCCCCGUCACGCACGUCACGUGGGCACGGCUGACCAAUGGCAAGCCGACAGACAUUGCACACAGCUCUGAUGUUCUCCAGUUAAAGAACGUGUCCAGAACAGACGCCGGGCUGUACGAGUGUCGGGCCGACAACGGCAUCAAACCAUCUGCGGCAGCAACAGUCAUGCUGGACGUCACGUAUGCUCCUUCGAUAAGCAGGACGUUCGACUCAGAGAUCAGCGUCUUGUACGGCCAAGACGUCUUGAGGCUGGAGUGCGUGGCUGACGGGAACCCCAAACCCCGGGUGUGGUGGAGGCGGAACGACACUAACGGUCUGUACGAGAACCCGCUCACCCUGUCUCCCAUGGACUACAGGGCCGAGGGGCUGUACGAGUGCGUGGCGCUAAGCGCCGGGUUCAUUGGCGCCAGGAGGAGGACGUUCAUAAACGUAAUAGGUAGACCAGACGUUCUAGGUGACACGGCCGCCAUCUUUGCAGACGAGGGGGAAGAAGUGACCUUGACGUGUAAGGUUAUGUCUGACCCACCCUGUGACGCCGUCCAAUGGGUAUUCAGGAGCCACAGCGGUGACGAGAAACGGCUCCAUCCUGGAGAGAACGAUGGCGUCAAGGUCAAGACUGUCUUAGGUGACAUCAGAGAAGACGUCCUGACCAUCUGUAAGAUAGACGCGUCAUACACAGGGACGUAUGUGUGCAAGGCAACCAACGUGUUCGGGACAGACCAGAGGCAGUUCAGAGUUCACAUCAGAUGUAAGCUAUCACUCCACCCGCAAGUUUCCAGCAUGUUGCUGAUCGUGACCCUCUGCACGUCUGCUGCUGCCGCCACCACCGUGCUGAUCAUCCUCGCCUUCUGUCUUCAUCGGCUCGUCAACAGACUCAAACGUGCAGAUGCUCAGGCUAACUCUAGAAACUGUGCAGGUUCGGAGACAGACAAGGCCUCGAGUGACCUUUCAACCUGCCCGAGGUUGGAAUCUUCUAAAGGCCCUGCCCGACCCCUGAAACAGCGGACCUGCUCAACCCUGCUGUCCGACAACAAUGUGUCAUGUGACGAGCUGUUCUUCCCGUGGUGUGCUGGACAUCAUCCAAACCACUCCCGAGUUAGCAGGCAGAGGCAGCUGGAGAGUGCCAUGAAAGCCAAAUAUCUGGCUGAAACAAGGAAAGUGGCGACCCGGAGACCUGAUGACGCAGACAUGACGCAAGUGUUCGGAGCGGUUCAAGUCGAAGUCACGGACAAGAUCUCACGAGAUCCUGCGAGACCAUCACCAUGCAAGUUACCUCCAGACCCAGGGCGGACAAAAGAAAACUUUGAAACGAAAUCCAACCUCGAUUCGUUUCUUAAAAAGGGUGGAUAUUGUGUAGAUAGCGAAGAUGACACCAGAAUUCCAAAUGACAGAUGCCGCAAGUCAGGCUGUAGAUCUCGACACUGUAGACUGUUGUUAAAAGAGAAAGUCGCUGACGAUACAAAUCCGGAAAGGCAGGUAGCAGAUUGUUCAUAA